AUGACUGAGUUAGUUUUCGUUGUUGAUAGAUCAGGAUCAAUGAGCGUCGAACCUAUGAAAAAGGCUGCGCAAGCACUUGAAUUAUUAUUACGUUCGCUUCCAGAAGAUUGUUACUUUAAUGUGGCUAUCGAGCUUGCUCAAUCAAUGACCUCAAAUUAUGGUGGAAUGGAAAUUUUUGGAGUAUUAAAAUGGGUAUUUGAGAAUUCAAGAGAUGACAUGCACACUUCUGUAUUUCUCAUUACAGAUGGGCAAGUUUAUAAUGUUGAACAAGUUGUAGAACUUAUAGUCGAAUCUGUUGCUCGUGCCGAAUUCAUUAAACCACCGAUCAAAGAUUAUAAAAUUACUUGGACUGACGUUGAUUUCUCGGAAUCAACCGAAAAGGAAGUUACUUCGAUGGUGGAAGAUAAGCCUAUCAUUAGCUUAUAUAGCGACAAAACGGAACCUCCAAGUAAUGUCUUUACAGAUAUAAAGGUUCAACAAGCUCCGUACUCAAUUCCACCUAUUUAUCCUGGUGUUCGCUUCGUUGUAUAUUGCAUUUUGGAGAAAGAUAUUGAACCGCGUCAAGUUAUCACUUUAGAUGCCACUUCUCAAGAUGGUCCUAUGAAACUUGAUAUUUCUUUGGAUCCCGUUACUUUGCAAGGGUUAAAGAUCCAUAGAUUAGCAGCAAGAAAACUUAUUCAAGAUCUUGAUGAUGGAAAUUCUUUUCUUCAUAAACAUCCUAAAAAUUCUGGUAAACAUAUUCCGGCUUCAUUGGUUAAAGAACAUAUUGUUAAUCUUGGUAAAACUUUUAACCUUGCUUCAAAACAUACAAGUUUUAUUGCGAUUGACGAAAGAAAUAAUGAAAUUGUAUCUGAAUCUCAGACAAUCUCACAGAUAAGACUAGUUCCUGUUCCUUUUCAAUUGAAUUCGAUGCGAUCUGCGACACAAAAGUCUAGAAGGUCUUUUGUGUUUCAAGCUAUGUCAGAACCAUCAGUCGAAGCAGAUGAAGCAUGUGAACUUUCAGCGCCGGCCGACAAACGAACAAUUGUAGUCGAACAUAGAGAACCACAUACUGAAAAUCUAUAUGAAUUUUUAAGUCUACAAUCAUUUGAUGCUUAUCUUGAAGUUGUUUUGUUUGAAAAAUUUAAAGAUGAAUGUGAAAUGUGUCAUGAAAAGGCCGAAAAUGCUUUAAAGAAAAUGGUUGGAGAUGAAAAUAAAGAAAAGAUUAUUAUUGAUAAAGCUAAUGAAUGGAUUAAAAAUUGGGUGGGUGAAAAGAAAGAAAUUUUUAUGGUUGAUAAAGCUAGAGAAUAG